AUGCCAUCUGAGAAGACUAGGGAUGUCGUUCAUGACUACUACUUGCGCGCCGAUUUUUGGCAGUUCAGAGUCCCGGGCAACAAAAGGUGGGACUUUUGGGAAUGGGAUAACCCGGGUCAGUACUACGAGUACUACGCCUCCGAUAUUGUCAAAUUUACCAAGGCAAAAUGCAUUGCGAAAAGGACUCGCGAAUUCCGUGAUGUAAACAACGAGUUUAAAGCCGAACUCCAGAGGGACUGGGAGGCAAGCAGACUGUCCCCUUACAACGGAACCCAGUUGGCUCAGUUGCUGAGCCGGUAUGUCGUAUGGCUCGACGCCCUGUUUUUCUUCGGUGUUAUGACCCGACCGAAGAGGAUUGGCACGCAACUGACCGCCAGUAAAAUGCUGUUCAAUCUUCACUUUGGACAGACGAGAGAUGACGCGCUAGGAAUAAUAAGCUCCUUCCGCUUUAUGCAAAGCCAAGUCAAUAUUGGCCUGCUUAAAUCCGGCGGAGACAGAAGUCCCAGAAACUACUUGAAAGAGUAUCAUCAGAAUGAAGGCCAUGGAGUUCAGUUCAAAGAACUGUUCCACUUUAUCCUAACCAAACUCCUUAAGUGGCAGCCAGGCAUGUCAUACAUCGACAUGCAGGCUAGACAGCUUAAACAGGAGUUGCGCGCUGGAACAGAAGAGCCGCCUUACUAUGAGGCUAGUGCUCGACAUAUAAUUGAGAGGAGCCCAAUCCAUUUCCUACUGUAG